UGUGUGUGUCUCUGUGUGUGUGUGUCUCUCUCUCUCCCUCUCUCUGCCCGAUGCACACAGGAGCCCCCGAGUUGUGGUCGGUCUCAGGCGCCUGUGAGAGGAGAACACCAUGUCAACUUCAGAACUUUACAGCCAGUUUACGAAAGUUUGGAUCCCUGACCCUGAAGAUGUUUGGAAAUCGGCAGAAAUUGUCAAGAAUUACAGGGAAGAGGAUGAGCAUCUUCACCUUCAACUGGAGGAUGGCAUGCCCCUGGAGUAUCCCAUUGGCCCGAAGGCGAACCCGAUGCCCUUCCUGCGUAACCCCGACAUCCUGGUGGGUGAGAACGACCUGACAGCCCUCAGUUACCUCCACGAGCCCGCCGUGCUCCACAACCUGAGGGUCCGCUUCCUGGAGACCAACGCCAUCUAUACUUACUGCGGUAUUGUACUGGUUGCUAUUAAUCCUUACGAGCAGUUGCCAAUAUACGGAGAGGAUGUCAUCUACGCUUACUCCGGUCAGAACAUGGGAGAUAUGGACCCUCACAUCUUUGCUGUGGCUGAGGAAGCCUACAAACAGAUGGCCAGGGAUGAAGGAACCAAUCUAUCAUUGUGAGCGGGGAGUCUGGUGCUGGGAAGACAGUCUCGGCUAAGUA